AUGACUUCCGCGUUUUUCAAGUACGCGGAGUUGAUCAAGAAUAACUCCACGUACGCCAAGAGGAUGAUGCAGUUGAGUAAAAGCAUAUUUGCGGAAUAUCCGCAUCCCUUGACGACGAAGUCCAAGCGAAUCGUGCGACGGUUUUCGAAACAACCGCAAGAAUUGAAAGAUGAAGUGGUGAACUGGUGGCCGAGGCAUCCGGAAACUUGCAAGCUCAUGUACACUCUGAGGGACUACGGACUUUACCGUGAUGAGCAUGAGGAUUUCAAGGAAGAGAUGGUUAGACUGCGUAUCUUGCGUGGCAAGCUGAAGCCUACGAAAGGGGAAGGGAACCAGUCGAAGGCAAAGUGAAACAAGAGUCAUGCAUUGCUGUGCAUUUAUUGUGAUUUUGAUGUUGCGUUGAUAAAUUCAUAGUUGAGCGUUAUUUAAAACCCACCGACUGCUGUUUUUGUCUUUGUUGGUUCAUCUCUACGUAGAGUCAGAU